UUGGUCGAUCAGUUGGACGAUCAGUUGGUCGACCAGUUGGACGAUCUGUUAGUCGAUCAGUUGGUCGAUCAGUUGGACAAUCAGUUGGUCGACCAGUUGGACGAUCAGUUGGACGAUCAGUUGGUCGACCAGUUGGACGAUCAGUUGGACGAUCAGUUGGACGAUCAGUUGGACGAUCAGUUGGUCGACCAGUUGGACGAUCUGUUAGUCGAUCAGUUGGUCGAUCAGUUGGACGAUCAGUUGGUCGACCAGUUGGACGAUCAGUUGGACGAUCAGUUGGUCGACCAGUUGGACGAUCAGUUGGACGAUCAGUUGGACGAUCAGUUGGACGAUCAGUUGGUCGACCAGUUGGACGAUCAGUUGGUCGAUCAGUUGGUCGAUCAGUUGGUCGACCAGUUGGACGAUCAGUUGGACGAUCAGUUGGUCGACCAGUUGGACGAUCAGUUGGUCGACCAGUUGGACGAUCAGUUGGACGACCAGUUGGUCGAUCAGUUGGACGACCAGUUGGUCGAUCAGUUGGACGACCAGUUGGACGAUCAGUUGGUCGAUCAGUUGGUCGACCAGUUGGACGAUCAGUUGGACGAUCAGUUGGUCGACCAGUUGGACGAUCAGUUGGUCGACCAGUUGGACGAUCAGUUGGACGACCAGUUGGUCGAUCAGUUGGACGACCAGUUGGUCGAUCAGUUGGACGAUCAGUUGGACGAUCAGCUACACCCCUAA